GAAUUUCCCUGUCUUGCCCCGGUCUUUGUGGGUGUAUAUAUAUGCUAUUGAAGCAUGUCGUGAAUUCUAAAUACGGUGCCUGAGGAAAGGAAAAAGAGAGGGCACUUCCAGCCCUCAGCUAUUCACAUACACAUUUUCUGUAGAUCUUGAAUUUCCCCAGCUGAAUUCUCUCCUCCUCAUCUGGUAAAUCCAGCUACUCGGCUUAUGAUGGAAAUGGAUCCUGGAAAAUUGUUUGUUGGUGGCAUUUCAUGGGAUACUAAUGAAGAGCGACUCAAAGAGUAUUUUCAGACAUUUGGGGAAGUGGUCGAGGCGGUGAUCGUGAAAGAUCGGGCCACUGGCCGUGCCCGCGGGUUUGGUUUUGUUGUUUUCGAGGACCCUUCUGUUGCUGAAAGAGUUGUCAAAGCAAAACACAUGAUUGAUGGCAGAACUGUAGGUAGAGGCAAAGAAGGCUGUUCCUAGAGAUGAACAAUACACGAACAGAAAUGUAGUAAAUAAUACACUUCCAGUUUCCACCGCACAAACAAGAAAAAUUUUUGUUGGGGGGUUAGCAUCGUCUGUGUCCGAGCGUGACUUUAAAAAGUAUUUUGAUCAAUUUGGGACAGUAACUGAUGUUGUGGUGAUGUAUGACCACAAUACCCAAAGGCCAAGAGGUUUUGGAUUCAUCACUUAUGACUCCGAAGAGGCAGUGGAUAGAGUUCUUCACAAACUGUUUCAUGAACUCAAUGGGAAAAUGGUUGAGGUGAAGCGAGCUGUUCCUAAGGAGCUAUCACCUGGACCUAACCGAAGUCCAUUACCUGCUGGACCAAACAGAGUAAACACUUACCUAAACGGAUAUACUCUAGGUCAAGGUCUAAAUUCUCUAGCAGGCCAUGGAACAAGAACCGAUAGAUAUAGUCCAACCCCUGUUGGUCGUAGCGGAUAUUCGUUGUUCGAACAGCCAUACUCGAAAUCUGGAUAUCGGGAUACACAAAGUUACUUUAGCAGUCCGAUUGGAAGUGGUUCUGUUUUGAACUCAUCGGGUUGGAACUUGUGGGAUAAAGAGAAUCAUAGUGGUGGAUUUGUUGGCUUAGGAAGUCUGGGAACAAUUUGGGGUUCCUCUUCUAUUUCAAGCCAAACGGGCAGGAACUGUUCUUUUGGGAAUGAGAACAUAAAUUACAAUAGCGGAGGUAGUGAUAGCUUUGGUAGUGGGAGAAGGUUUGCUCAAAAAGAAAAUGUUUAUAGCAGGGAUUUGGGGGGCAACUUGUAUGGUUCUGGGAAUUGCUCAUUCUUUGAGGAUCCAUUGCAGUAUUCAUCAUCUCCAACAAUUCAGGUUCCUGGUUCCAUUGGUUAUGGGCUUAAAAGUGUAUCCUCAGAUGUUAUAGUACCUAACACUUCUACCAAUGGUCUUGGUAGUUAUGGUGUAGCAAAUAGAUCAACUAGAGAAAUUGCUGCCUAGAUAUAAGAAGGAGAAAACCUUGGACAUCAAAUUCAAUCAGAAAGUGGAGAGUAUAGUUUGGAUACAAGUGGAGAGUUGAUUUGCUCAGUACCUUUCUUUUGAGCCCUUGUAAAACCUUUAGAGUCCUGUCUUUGACACAUUCUGAGAGGGACAAACAUGAAUAGCUUAAAUAUAUAGUUCAAAUGCGAAGCAUUGUCACGCAAUUGUGACAAUUUCACCCAGUACUUAAUGCACCCUGUAUUGAAGACAUUGUAGAAUUUUUCGAUAUGAAAGCAUUGUAGAAUUUUCCG